AUGACCAACUUGGACGCCGACCUGGACCCACUAUGGCAGGAUCUCGACUGGGCCAUCGGCCAGAUGCUGAUUAUGGGAUGGGAUGGAACCGAAGUAACCCCCCAAAUCCGUAACCUGAUCGAGCAACACCAUGUUGGCUCUAUCCUGCUCACUGCAAAGAACCUCAAAUCAAAACUCGUCCAGGAGCUGCAAACCAUCGCCCACCAGGCCGGCCAUCCCCACCCCUUGUUGAUUGCCUUGGAUCAAGAAAAUGGUGGCGUCAACAGUCUCUUCGAUGAGGAUUACAUUUGCCAAUUCCCGAGCUCUAUGGGCCAGGCUGCCGCUAGCAGCGCGGAGCUGUCUUACAAGAUCGCAAAGGCCACUGCCACCGAAAUAUCCGCUGUUGGCGUAAAUCUGAUCCUUGGUCCGGUGCUGGAUGUCCUGACCAACGCGCGCUAUCAACCAUUGGGUGUCCGGGCCAUUGGCGACGACCCUCAAGAAGUCUCGCAGUACGGCAUUGCGUCUAUGAACGGGUACAAGGACGCCGGCCUUGCCACUUGCGGGAAGCAUUUCCCUUCGUACGGCAACUUGGACUUCCUCGGUUCGAGUUUGGAUAUUCCCAUCAUUACUCAGACUCUUGAGGAGCUCUCCCUGAGUGCCCUCGUCCCGUUCCGUAACGCUAUCGCCACGGGAAACCUGGACGCCAUGUUUAUCGGCGGUUGUGGCAUUACCAACCCGUCCAUGAGUGUCAACCACGCUUGCCUGUCAGAGCAGGUGAUUGAUGACUUGCUCAGAAACGAGCUCGGCUUUCAGGGUGUUGCCAUAUCAGAAUGCCUCGAAAUGGAAGGUCUCAGAAACGAGAUUGGUGUCAGGACAGGCACUGUCAUGGCAGUGGAAGCCGGCUGCGACUUGGUGCUCUUGUGCCGCGCCUACGACGUGCAGCUCGAGGCUAUUGCUGGCCUCAAACUGGGAGUGGAGAACGAGCUCAUCACGAAGGAGCGCAUCUACACGUCCCUCAAGCGCAUAUUCCGAAUGAAGAAGUCGUGCACCUCGUGGCAGAAGGCAUUGAACCCCCCCGGUAUCAGUUUGCUGUCAAAGAUCCACCCCGGCCAUCUUGCGCUCUCGCUGAAGGCCUACGAUGAUUCCAUCGCUGUCAUACGGGAUAACGAAAAGCUUCUUCCAUUGCCUCCAACUCGAUGCACCAGGAGGAAGAACUGCUCUUGCUUACACCUCUGGUGA